UCCUGUAAACAAACAAGCUGCUGCUGGCAGGGACGGAUCAGUUUAUCGAUUUUAUUCUAUAACACUAUUGCGUACUGGUAAAACGGUGCCUAACGGUGAAAACGCGGCCAUGAGUGACGGUGGUGGCAGUGUGAGACAGCGCAAGAAAAGCUCCGGCGAUGGCUCUGGGAAUCGGGCCCGUAAAGCAAAAUCAACGGGCAGUUCUGGCAGCAGCACACCCAGUACCGCCCAACAACAUCAGAUGUGGGCACGGAUAGUACUUAUGGUAGGCAUUGCGGCCAUCGUGUACUUUACCACGUUCCGAACGCGGGAAAAGAAGUUUGCCACCCAGCGGGAAGUCCUGGAGCUGCGAACCCAACCGCUCGACUGUUCCCGUCCCUAUCUUGACGAAAUUUCCAAGUUUGCCGGAUGCAUCCCGAACCAGUGUGGACGGUUUGUGAGCGACAAGAUAGUAUCACCGGCCGAGGCUGGCAUUCUGCUCGAUCUGGCCCGGGCCGGCUUCGAGCUCGGUCAAUCGGCGGGCGGUGCUUCCAUACUAGAUCUCCAUUCUGGUGCCCUAUCGAAGGGCACACAAUUUGUGAACGUGUACCGGCUUCCCGAAGCCAAGAAAUUGUUCACCAACCAACAUAUCAACGUCUAUCGGCACGUAAAAGCGAAAGUACAACAAGCCGUUGCGGACAAUUUCCGAUUGAACGUGGACGCACUGCACCUUACCCAUCCCACGUUCUUUUCCCGUCUGACGAACGUAACUGCCAAAACGAUCCACGACGAGUACUGGCACGAACACGUGGACAAAGAAACGUACAACUCGUUCCACUUUACCACGCUGCUGUACCUCACGGAUUAUGGGAAAGAUUUUACUGGCGGUCGGUUCGUGUUUAUUGACAACGAGGGCAAACACAACCGGACGCACGUGUACAUCGAACCGAAACGUGCCCGUGUCAGUGGGUUUACGUCCGGUGCCGAAAAUAUGCACCACGUAGAACAGGUGACCGGAGGCGUGCGAUACGCGAUCACGAUUUCAUUCACGUGCGAUCGGGAAUACGCAAUGGCAGAUCCAAAGUUUGCCCUAGAUGACGAUGAGGAAGGGGAGGAGGAGGGUGGCACGAGUGAGGGACGGAUGAACGAACCCUGAGAUAGGGCCGAUACCGUGCUCGUUAUCCGUACGCUGGAGGAGCGUAGUGCUUAACCGUGCUAUGCCAAUUCAUUUCAAUGCAUUCCCAAAAGUUCCUUUGUUCUUUUUUUAACGUAUUAUUUGCAUCACCACAAAUGGACGCAUAUCGUACUUAAAAAAAGAAUGCCGUAUUAUGCCAUUUUUUAAGUAUUGAACCAGUAUUUAGUUGUUUAUUUACUCCGAUCCCUGUUACGUUAAGCACCUCCUAUAGCUAUCAAUAGUCGCAGCACACAUCCUCCAAGUAAAUCCUGCAAGCAAUACGAACAAAUGUAAGUUUAAUUCCUAUUUACUAACCACGUGCAACGGCGUGAUUUAAUGUAGCGUAAAUAGGCAUUGCCAUUCCAGCAAAAGAACAAAAGGUAAUUCGAUUACCGUAAGUUUAGAUGUUUGCGUCUGCAAAACCAAAUGUAUGCAUGGCCCUGUGAAGUAAAGUGGCCUGUGGUGUACAAAUAAAUAAUUUUAACGUGUGAGUUAAGCUUACGGAGUUCAAAU